UCUUAUACAAUGAGGAGUAGUUAAUUUUUUGCUCUGUUCUUUUAUACUAUUUCUAAUGGUUAUAGUGUGAUGUAGUUCUUUUGAGUGUUUUCAACCAGUGCGGAAAAAUUUUCUGAUCAUUUCAAUAAGUAAAUAUUGAUUUUCUGUGCAGUGAGUGCUGUGUAAUCGUUUUGUAAAGUUUAUAAAAUAAUUGCUCAAUGUAUGGUUAGACAUGUGUAUCAGCUGAUUUUAGUGUUGUGUGAAUUUACUUUAAAUUGACAUCGACGCGCCAUCUGUUGCGGUUAUAUGGAACUAAGUGUUCUGCAGUGGACGGUAACCGAUCACUUGUGUUCUUAUGAUAACUCGCUUACUACAGUAGGUGGGUUACCAUCAUCUUCAGCGAUAACUUAUCAACGAGUCGAUAAGUUAUCAUAGUCAUCAUCAAAGAUUUAUCCGCCGUUUCUAUUAAGAAGGUACAGCUCUAUUACUUGUUCCUUCUUUCUUUGAAUAAUGUCAUCAGAAAAAGUGAAGGGCUCAAAAGACUUUGUUACCCCUAUAAGUACUGGAGCUCUUAGGAGUGGCAAAAGCCGUGUAACGUCAGGGAGUACCUCAUCACUGAAUAAUGAAGAAUUCCCAAAUAGGAAACGUGCAGCAUCAUCGCCAGCAAAAGUACUGUCGUUCAAAGACCCAUUGCCAUUAUCACUGAAUGAUCUUGAAAUACUCUGUGAGAAUGUCCAUAAGUACAAAAGAUCACUGAAGCCUGAAAUGACUUCAGCUGGACUAGUGACUUCCGGUUAUGCAAUCGCCGAAUGCUUUCAGCAAGUGGUAGAGGCCUAUCGGUCACUAGCCGCAAGAAUUGAUGCGUUUGAUGAGGUUUAUGAUGCUAUUAGAGGCCUUGACGUCUCCAGUGAAUUGCAAGCCAUGAAAAAUGAUAUUAGAAACGAUUUAGCGGACCUGGUGAGAAGUGAGGUUGCUGUAGUCGUCGCUGAAAAGCUCCAAGCGCACGAUAGAGAUCGGAUGGACGUCGUCGACGAACAAUUUCUAUGGAUUGCUAGGUCUGAAACCAUCGUCGAGCAACACGAUUGAGUUUACAGUAGCGCCAAUGGUGGGUUUUACGGCAAAAUUUAGAUCUGCGGUUGACAUCAAGAACACGUUCAAAGAGAAGGUAAAGCCGAGGGACUACAACCUGAGGGUAACACGAUUGGUCACACUUCCGACCAAGGCGAUGAGAGUAGUAGCUGAGACGGUGGACAUGGAAAAGCUGAAAAAUUCUGUAGACUUGAAGAGCUCUGGUCUUAUGGUUCAGGAGAAAAUGAAGCUUGCACCACGAUUUAUCAUACGUGGAGUACCGAAGGCCCUAACUAAUGAGCAAUUUGUGGAGUCUUUGAUUGCGACUAAUGCUCCUGAGGUGAGUCCCGAGGUAAUAACCGUAUAGUACAGAUACCCAGUGAGGCCCGAGCGUGAUAACACUAGCUUUGUCAUUGAGACGGGUGCGAGGUCCAAGCUGCUAGCUAAGGAGAAGGCGUAUAUAAAUUAUGCAGCAUGCAGAAUCGGCGACCACGUACAAGUGAAACAGUGCUACAAAUGCUUAGAUUUUGGUCACCUAGCGGCCCAGUGUGACAAGGCGGAAGUUUGCGGAAAAUGUGCGGGAAAACAUGCAACGAGAGAAUGCCGUGGUCAGGUACCCCUGAAAUGUUGUAAUUGUAUGGCUGCGCGCUCUGAAGACGACACUCACUCCGCUCUGGAUAGCGACAAUUGUCCUAUUUUGAGAAAAAAAAUGGUAGAAAAUGCACACAACAUAAACUACGUCUAUGAAUAAACAACCACGGCGUAAAACAGGAGAGGGAGCAGGGAGUCGCGUCUUGCCGGAGCUACGUUCUUUGCUAGUAGUGCUUCCUCGCCUGACACAACAACAAUUAUCCGGCCAUGGUGUCGCAAGACAUCGUGAUGACCAAGUAAAUCGCUCAACCUCCUCUACGGAGGAUAACCUCGCUGACAACCAAUUAAACAACGUGGAUAGAUGUGGAGAAGGUGUCCCAAUACUUAUCCUUAGCGAGGACGAUCAUAAUGUAAUGGGUAAUUUGCAGCAAUUGCCAGAAGUAGUAUCGAGUCCAUUAAACCAAGUAGCGCAAUCAUCUGAUGAAAGAACGGCAUAUGUGUGUCCAUGGUGUGAACGUCCGUUUACUACUCUCACUGGCUUGGGAGUACAUAAGCGCCGUGCACACCCAGUGGAAGCUAAUGAUGAAAUCGACGUGACCCGCAAGAAGCCACGUUGGCAAGAUGAGGAUUUGCAUAGACUUGCCAAAGAGGAGGCCAACGUCGGCCCAGAUCUAGUCAAUAUUAAUCAGUAUCUUUACGAUACUGUUAAAAUGUAUCCCACGCGCAGUGUUCGGCAAAAAAAAAUUUUCAUUAUUAAUUAUUUAAUUAAAAAAAAAAUAAUAAUUAAUGGUGUAAUUAUUUCUAAUUUUUCAAUAAAUUAAU